AUGCGAUUUUUUAAAAAUAUGAUUGUUCUUUCUUCCUCUCUUGUUUUUGCUCAAACAGGCGUCGACCUGUAUUCCUGCCUCAGAGCCGCCAAUUUCGACCUGGAGCUUUCCAACGAGUGCUUCGACAACGCUUAUAACCGAGCUAGUCCAAAAGAUUUCCGACAGACGCGAUUGCCUCUUUCCGUUCUUUUUAGCUCAAGAAUUCUCAGAUAUUGA